CCCGCUUUUGACUCUCUCUCUCUCCUCUCCCCUAAAGAAGCACGCGCGGUUCGUGUUCGUGUUCGUGUUCAUGCUCGUGCUCGAUGCAGAGAAGAAGCUCGCGACGCGGCGCAGCAAUGGCUGCUCCCCCGAGGCUUCUCGCGCUCGUGUCUCUGUUUCAGGUUUUAUUUGCUGCAUUUACGAUCGGCGCGGAUAAGCCCGAGACACGGUUGCUGUUAACAUCAGAUGCGACAUCUGGGGAACGACACUCUGAAGAAUAUUGUGCUAUGUAUGACAUCUGUGGAGCUCGAUCAGAUGGAAAAGUUCUGAACUGCCCUUAUGGCUCUCCAUCUGUGAAGCCAGAUGAUCUGCUCUCAUCGAAGAUACAAAGUCUCUGUCCAACAAUUACUGGGAACGUUUGUUGCACAGAAGCUCAGUUUAACACACUUCGGGCACAAGUCCAACAAGCGAUUCCUUUUCUUGUAGGCUGCCCUGCAUGUUUGAGGAACUUUCUAAAUCUCUUCUGCGAACUUACCUGCUCUCCAAAUCAAAGCCGUUUCAUCAAUGUAACCGCUGUUUCAAAGGUUAAUAACAAUCUGACCGUGGAUGGGAUUGACUUUUAUAUAACUGACGCUUUUGGUGAAGGGUUAUAUGACUCUUGUAAGGAUGUGAAAUUUGGUACGAUGAACACUCGAGCUUUAGAGUUUAUUGGCGCUGGGGCUCAGAAUUUUAGAGAUUGGUUUGCUUUCAUUGGAAGACGAGCAGGCCUUACUGUUCCCGGUUCACCUUAUGCCAUUGCGUUCAGGCCAAAUGUGACAGAAUCUUCUGGAAUGAAGCCUAUGAAUGUAUCCGCCUAUUCUUGCAGUGAUAUCUCCCUGGGCUGUUCUUGCGGAGAUUGCCCCUCUUCAGCUGUCUGCUCAAAUUCAGCUCCUCCUCCCUCACCUAAAGAAGGAUCUUGUUCAGUGAGAAUUGGAUCUCUUAAGGCCAAAUGUAUUGACCUAUCCCUGACAAUACUGUACAUCAUUUUAGUCUCUGGGUUUUUUGGUUGGGGAUAUUUCCAUCGAAGAAGAGAAAGGAACACAGCUAUGAGGAAAACAUCGUCGGAUGUCAUGGAUGACCAAUAUCGAAAUAUAGGUCGGCAAAAGAAUGAGAACCUUCCCAUGGAGAUGCUCGAAGAUGCUCCCCACAUAAGAAAUGGGGUGCAACUUUCAUUAGUGCAAGGAUACUUGUCGAAGUUUUACAGGAAAUACGGCACAUGGGUUGCUAGAAAUCCUAUCUUUGUAUUAUCCACAUCACUGGCUGCAGUCCUUCUACUUUGUUUAGGUCUAAUACGAUUCAAGGUGGAGACGAGGCCUGAGAAGCUCUGGGUAGGGCGUGGAAGCAGAGCUGCAGCAGAGAAAGAGUUCUUUGACAAUCAUCUAGCUCCAUUUUACAGGAUUGAACAGCUCGUCUUAGCUACUGUUCCAGAUGGGAUGCAUGAAAAAUCUCCGAGUAUCCUGACAGAUGACAACAUUAAGUUACUUUUUCAAAUACAAAAGAAGAUCGAUGGUAUUCGUGCCAAUUAUUCUGGAUCCAUGAUAUCCUUGACUGAUAUCUGCAUGAAGCCACUAGGCCAAGAUUGCGCCACUCAAAGUGUUCUGCAGUAUUUCAAGAUGGAUGCAAAAAAUUAUGAUAAUUAUGGAGGAGUCGAUCAUGUUGGCUACUGUUUUCAGCAUUUUACAUCUGCAGAUGCAUGCAUGAGCGCCUUUAAAGCUCCCCUGGAUCCUAGUACUGCUUUAGGUGGUUUCUCUGGGAAUAACUAUUCAGAGGCCUCUGCAUUUAUAGUAACUUAUCCGGUGAACAAUGCACUCGAUAAAGAAGGCAAUGAAACUGGGAAAGCAGUAGCUUGGGAGAAGGCCUUCAUCCAGCUAGCACAGGAUGAGUUGUUGCAGAUGGUGCAGUCCAAAAAUCUGACCCUCUCUUUUUCAUCUGAAAGCUCCAUAGAAGAAGAAUUAAAAAGAGAAAGUACAGCAGAUGCCAUAACUAUACUGAUAAGCUAUCUUGUUAUGUUUGCGUACAUAUCUCUGACUCUCGGAGACACACCUCGAUUGUCCUCUUUCUACAUCUCAUCCAAGGUAUUACUUGGUCUUUCUGGGGUGGUUCUGGUGAUGCUGUCUGUUCUUGGAUCAGUGGGAUUUUUCAGUAUAUUAGGGGUGAAAUCAACAUUGAUCAUCAUGGAAGUCAUUCCUUUUUUGGUUCUAGCUGUGGGGGUGGAUAAUAUGUGCAUUUUGGUUAACGCUGUUAAGAGGCAGCCACUGGAAUUGCCAUUAGAAGGACGAAUCAGCAAUGCACUUGUUGAAGUUGGUCCUUCAAUAACACUGGCUAGUCUGUCUGAGGUGCUAGCAUUUGCUGUUGGAAGUUUUAUACCAAUGCCAGCAUGCCGUGUGUUCUCCAUGUUUGCAGCAUUGGCGGUUCUCUUGGACUUUCUCUUGCAAGUUACUGCCUUUGUUGCAUUGAUAGUUUUCGAUUUUUUGAGAGCCGAGGACAACAGGGUCGAUUGUUUUCCUUGUAUUAAGGUUUCUUCAUCAUAUGCUGAUUCUGAUAAAGGAAUUCGGAGAAAAAAGAUUGGAUUGCUGGCUCGAUACAUGAAGGAGGUCCAUGCACCUAUUCUCAGUCUUUGGGGAGUUAAAUUUCUGGUUGUCUCAGUUUUCGUUGCUUUUGCAGUAGCUAGUAUUGCAUUGUGUAUCAGGAUUGAACCUGGUUUGGAACAGAAGAUUGUUCUUCCCCGAGAUUCAUACCUUCAGGGAUACUUCAAUAAUGUCUCGGAGUAUUUAAGGAUUGGCCCACCUCUAUAUUUUGUUGUAAAGGACUACAAUUUCAGCUCAGAGUCAAGACAAACAAACCAGUUGUGCUCCAUCAGCCAAUGUGAUUCUAACUCUCUUUUAAAUGAGAUUGCUAGGGCAUCCUUAGCACCACAAUCAAGCUACAUUGCAAAGCCAGCUGCUUCAUGGCUUGAUGAUUUUCUUGUUUGGAUAUCACCAGAGGCCUUUGGUUGCUGUCGGAAGUUUACAAAUGGGAGCUAUUGUCCCCCAGAUGAUCAGCCACCUUGCUGUCCCUCUGGUCAAGCUUCCUGUGCUGCAGUUGGAUUAUGCAAAGACUGUACAACGUGCUUUCGUCACUCAGAUCUUCAGAAUGACCGACCAUCAACGUCACAAUUUAAAGAGAAGCUUCCUUGGUUCCUUAGUGCAUUACCGUCAGCUGAUUGUUCUAAAGGAGGACAUGGAGCUUACACUAACAGUGUGGAAUUAUUAGGAUACGAGAAUGGAGUUAUCCAAGCAUCUUCAUUCCGCACAUACCACACCCCGCUAAAUAAACAGGCUGAUUAUGUCAAUUCGUUGAGAGCUGCAAGGGAAUUCAGUUCAAGAGUUUCGGACUCCUUAAAGAUUGAUAUUUUCCCAUAUUCAGUCUUCUAUAUGUUUUUCGAGCAGUACCUUGACAUUUGGAAGACGGCACUGAUUAACCUCGCUAUAGCUGUUGGUGCUGUAUUCAUAGUGUGUUUAGUUAUAACUUGCAGUUUAUGGAGUUCAGCGAUCAUCCUCCUGGUGCUAGCAAUGAUUGUGAUUGAUCUUUUGGGGGUGAUGGCAAUUCUGAAAAUCCAGUUGAAUGCUCUCUCUGUUGUUAACUUGAUAAUGUCAGUUGGCAUUGCGGUCGAGUUCUGCGUGCAUAUUACGCAUGCUUUCUCGGUGAGCAGUGGAGAUAAAGACCAACGCAUGAAGGAGGCUCUAGUCACAAUGGGAGCUUCUGUUUUUAGUGGAAUCACGCUAACGAAACUGGUUGGGGUCCUCGUACUUUGCUUCUCAAGGACUGAAGUUUUCGUGGUAUACUACUUCCAGAUGUACCUUGCACUGGUCCUCCUGGGUUUCCUGCAUGGGCUUGUAUUUCUGCCGGUGGUUUUGAGCAUAUUCGGUCCACCUUCCAGAUGUGUGCUUAUGGACAAGCAAGAAGGUCGGCCCUCGAUUCAAUCACUGUUCAGAACUUGAUACAAUUGUUGCAACUGCCGGCUUUUUUUUUUUCUUUAUUUUUUUUUGCGGCGAUUGCGUCAUUCUUUUUCUUUCAAUACAUUGAGUUUUACAUGUAUCAUUAGCGAUGAAAAGUCGGAUAUCUUCCAAAAUGUAAAUUAUGUUGGAAAAAGAAAUGUUCUCACAUGAAAAAAGAGAGAAAUGUAUAGUCCCGCUGAUAGUACUUCAAAGUCUCA